AUGGAAGAGACAGUUGCAAGGCCCUCAGUGUUCACGGUGGAUGGACAGACAGACAUCCCAUUCAGGAGGCUGGGGCACAGCCGCAGGAGACAGCCCUGCAGUGCUGCCCAGCUGGGACUGGGCCUCGUGCUGCUGUUGGUGGUGGCUGGACUGGCUGUCCAGGGCUGGUUCCUGCUGCAGCUGCACUGGCGCCUAGAGGCGGUUAGUGCCCCCCUGCAGGACAAAAGUGCAAAACACUGGGAGCAGCUGCUGCAAGAGCAGAAGCCCAAGCAAGACAAACCAGCAGCACACCUCACAGGGGCCGACUUCAGCCGGACUGGCAAGGAAGGCCCGCUGCGGUGGGAGACGAAACUGGGCCUGGCCUUCUUGAGGGGCCUUAGCUACCGGGAUGGGGCCCUGGUGGUCGCCCAGGCCGGCUACUACUACAUCUACUCCAAGGUGCAGCUGGGUGGUACGGGCUGCUCCCAGGGAUUGACCGGCUGCCUGCCCAUCACCCACGGGCUCUACAAGCGCACCGCCAGCUACCCCGAGGAGGUGGAGCUGCUGGUCAACCGGCGGUCGCGGUGCGGGCGAGCAGAUGGCUCCCAGGUGUGGUGGGACAGCAGCUUCCUGGGUGGAGUGGUCCACCUGGACGUGGGGGACGAGGUGGUGGUACGCAUGCCGGGCGAGCGCGUGAUCCAAGUCCACGACGGCACACGCUCCUACUUCGGGGCCUUCAUGGUGUGA